UUUGAAUCCUGAAUCCUGAGUCCGAAUCUUCGGUCUCCUUGCCGGAUCGAUCGGUUGGUGUUCCGGUAAUAGGGGAAAUCUGAACGGGAACUGCGCAGAUCUGACCGUUGAAGCCCCAGAUCGGAGCAGUGGAAACCGUCGGCCGUGGCGAUGGAGGAGGCGCUUGAACUGGCGCGUGCGAAGGACACGAAAGAGCGCAUGGCGGCUGUGGAGCGGUUACACCAACUUCUGGAAGCUUCAAGAAGGAGCCUAAGCCCGGCGGAGGUGACAUCACUCGUCGAUUGUUGCUUGGAUCUCCUCAAGGACAGUAAUUUCAGGGUCUCCCAGGGAGCGCUUCAAGCGCUUGCCUCCGCCGCCGUUCUCGCCGGAGAACAUCUCAAGCUUCAUUUGAAUGCCCUUGUGCCCGCCGUCGUCGAGCGGCUCGGCGACGCUAAACAGCCCGUUAGGGAUGCCGCGAGGCGCUUGCUGCUUACUCUAAUGGAGGUUUCUUCUCCCACGAUUAUAGUAGAAAGAGCGGGUUCGUAUGCUUGGAUGCAUAAGAGUUGGAGAGUUCGGGAAGAGUUUGCGCGUACUGUCACAUCGGCUAUUGGGCUUUUUGCAUCUACGGAGCUUCCGCUUCAGCGGGCUAUACUUCCUCCGGUUCUCCAAAUGUUAAAUGACCCAAAUCAUGCUGUUAGGGAAGCUGCAAUUUUGUGCAUUGAGGAGAUGUAUACGCAGGGUGGGUCUCAGUUCCGAGAAGAACUUCAGCGCCACCAUCUUCCAUCAUCUAUGGUGAAAGAUAUUAAUGCUAGACUGGAGAGGAUAGAACCGCAACAGCAUACUUCAGAUGGGCUUAGUGUUAAUCAUGCUGUUAGUGAGGUUAAGGCACCAAGUAUCAAUCACAAGAAAAGCAGUCCCAGGGCGAAGACUUCUAUGAGGGAGAACUCAUUAUUUGGGGGAGAACCGGAUAUCACGGAGAAACCCAUUGAGCCAAUCAAAGUGUACUCAGAGAAGGAACUGAUCAGGGAAUUUGAGAAAAUUGCUUUGAUUCUUGUCCCGGAUAAAGAUUGGUCAGUUCGUAUAGCAGCUAUGCAGAGGAUUGAAGGCCUUGUUGCAGGAGGUGCGGCCGACUACCCUUGCUUUCGAGCUCUCUUGAAGCAACUUGUUGGUCCUUUGAGCACACAAUUGUCUGACCGAAGAUCUACCAUUGUUAAGCAGGCUUGCCAUCUCCUAUGUUUCUUAUCGAAAGAGCUCCUGGGAGACUUUGAAUCAUGUGCUGAGAUGUUCAUUCCGGUGCUUUUCAAGCUAGUUGUGAUCACUGUGCUUGUAAUUGCAGAAUCUGCUGAUAGCUGCAUAAAAACGAUGCUGCGCAACUGCAAAGUUGCCCGUGUACUUCCUCGUGUAGCUGAUUCUGCAAAGAAUGACCGUAACGCAAUUCUUCGAGCAAGGUGUUGUGAAUAUGCGCUGUUAAUACUCGAGCAUUGGCCUGAUACUCCAGAAAUUCAGCGGUCAGCUGAUUUAUAUGAAGAUCUAAUUAGAUGCUGUGUUGCAGAUGCUAUGAGUGAGGUACGGGCAACUGCCCGAAUGUGCUACAGACUGUUUGCAAAAACUUGGCCUGAGCGUUCUCGUCGCUUAUUUUCCUCCUUUGAUCCUGUUAUCCAAAGGCUGAUUAAUGAAGAAGAAGGUGGAAUUCAUAGGAGACAUGCCUCGCCAUCUGUCCGUGAAAGAAGCUCCCAUCGUUCAUUUACUCAGGCAUCCGCUCCACUUAACCUGCCUGGUUAUGGAACUUCAGCCAUAGUGGCCAUGGAUAGAAGUUCAAGUUUAUCCACUUCCACUGGAGGAUCCCUAUCUUCAGGGCUUCUCUUGUCUCAAUCAAAGGGUUUCGGUAAAGGUUCUGAACGUAGCUUGGAAAAUGUGUUGCAAUCAAGUAAGCAGAAGGUCAGCGCAAUUGAAAGUAUGCUCAGAGGUCUAGAUAUAUCUGAUAGACGUAAUCCUGCAGCUCAUCAUUCCAGCAGUUUGGAUCUAGGAGUUGACCCUCCAUCAUCUCGUGAUCCUCCAUUUCCUGCUAAUGUCCCAGCUUCCAAUAGUCUCACGAGUUCCACAACUGGUGAAUCAACUUCUUCUAGUAUCAACAAAGGCAGUAGUCGCAAUGGUGGUCUGGUUUUGUCAGAUAUCAUUACCCAAAUUCAAGCUUCAAAGGAUUCGGGAAGACUAUCUUGCCGUGGCAAUCUGUUGUCUGCGUCCCACCCUAAUUUCACAUCCUUGACAGAUAAAAGGAUCUCAGAGAGACAAGAGAGAGGUUAUUUUGAGGACAACCAUGAAAGGGAGGCUAGACGGUUUAUGGGUGGUCAUUUUGAUAGUCAACACAUGGAUGCCCCCUACAGAGAUUUGAACUUCAGGGAUUCAAAUGCUAGUUAUGUUCCUAAUUUCCAGAGGCCACUUUUGAGGAAGAAUGUAGGAGCAAGAGUUUCAGCCGGCAGAAGGAGGAGCUUCGAUGACAGCCAACUGCAACUCGGGGACAUGUCCACUUAUGUCGAUGGUCCAGCAUCUCUCAAUGAAGCCCUUAAUGAAGGACUUUGUCCGAGUUCUGAUUGGUCUGCCAGAGUUGCAGCUUUUAAUUUUCUCCAAUCUCUGCUGCAGCAAGGACCAAAAGGUGUUCAAGAAGUGAUCCAGAGUUUUGAGAAGGUAAUGAAACUUUUUGUACGUCACUUGGACGAUCCUCACCACAAGGUCGCACAGGCAGCUCUGUCGACACUUGCAGAUCUUAUACCAUCUUGCCGAAAGCCUUUUGAGAGCUACAUGGAAAGGAUCCUACCCCGUGUGUUUUCACGGUUAAUUGAUCCUAAAGAACUAGUUAGACAACCUUGCUCUACAACACUGGAGAUUGUCAGCAAAACCUACAGUGUGGAUUCUCUUUUGCCUGCAUUGCUUCGUUCACUAGAUGAGCAGAGAUCACCAAAGGCUAAAUUAGCUGUCAUUGAAUUUGCAAUCAACUCCUUCAACAGGUACUCUGGUAAUCCUGAAGUUUCUGGUAAUAGUGGAAUCUUAAAUCUGUGGCUGGCAAAAUUGACACCACUAACUCGCGACAAAAAUACUAAGUUAAAGGAAGCUGCGAUUACCUGCAUCAUAUCUGUAUAUAAUCAUUAUGAUUCAUCUGGGUUGUUGAAUUACAUUCUUAGUCUAUCAGUUGAGGAGCAAAACUCUUUGAGAAGGGCACUCAAACAAUAUACUCCUCGCAUUGAGGUAGACCUAAUAAACUAUCUGCAGAACAAAAAGGAAAAACAGAGAAUGAAAUCUUCGUAUGACCCAUCUGAUGUUAUCGGGACAUCUUCCGAAGAAGGACAUGUAGGUGCUUCCAAAAAGAGUAUCUUCCUUGGUCGGUAUUCUGGGGGUUCGCUCGAUAGUGAUAGUGGCAGGAAAUGGAGCCCUUCUCGAGAGCCAACAAUGAUCUCUGGUGGUAUUGGUCAAAGUAUUUCCAAUGGAGCUCAGGAAAAGCUGUACCAGAACAUUGGGAUUACUUCUGGUAGUGAUGUAUCAAAGCCCAAGGAUACAAAUUACACAGUUGCUUCAGCUGGUCAGAAUAUUCUAUCAAGAGCCAUGCACAAUGAAAGUUCGGAUGAUGUCGGAAACUUUGAUAGUAUGUCUCCAUCACAUUGGGAGAAAAAUGGUCUGAAUUUGACUAAUAGUGAUCCCUUGGAAGAAAGACAUGAAAACGAGGUCUCCCACAAAUUCGACUUGAGUCACUUCAAGCUUGCGAGUAUUAAGGUUAACCCAACACCAGAAUCUGGUCCUAGCAUUCCACAGAUUCUUCAUAUGAUCAAUGGCAGUGAUGAAAGCCCUUCUACGAGUAAGAAAACUGGACUCCAUCAAUUAAUUGGAGCCUCUGUAGCUAAUGAGGAAUCAGUUUGGUCAAAGUACUUCAAUCAAAUUUUGACGGUUGUUCUUGAAGUGCUCGACGAUGAGGAUUCUUCAAUUUGUGAGCUUGCUCUUUCGCUGAUCACCGAGAUGCUCAAGAAUCAGAAAGAUGCCAUGGAAGAUUCUGUUGAGAUUGUGAUUGAGAAGCUGCUUCAUAUCUCAAAGGACGCAGUUCCAAAAGUUUCUAAUGAGGCUGAGCAAUGCUUGACCACAGUGUUGUCACAAUAUGAUCCUUUCAGAUCCUUAAGUGUUAUUACCCCGUUAUUGGUAACUGAAGAUGAGAAAACCCUUGUCACUUGCAUCAACUGUUUAACAAAGCUGGUGGGGAGAUUGUCACAAGAGGAAUUAAUUGCGGAGUUGCCAUCGUUUUUGCCUGCGAUUUUUGAAGCAUUUGGGAACCAAAGUGCAGAUGUCCGAAAGACGGUGGUGUUCUGUCUGGUAGAGAUAUAUAUAAUGAUGGGGAGAACUCAGCUUCGACUCGUCACUAUCUACGCCAAUCGCAUCUCUCAAGCUCGAACUACAUGAUGGUGAUGAUGAUGAUGAUGGUGAUGGUGGUGAUGGUGAUCUCUCCACCACCUUCUACGGUUUUGUCUCUCUUCCCGUGUUUGGUCUCUCUAUCUCUCUCUCUCUCUCAUUGUUUUGUUCAAUUUUUCUUUUGUAUAUUUGUGUGUGUGUGUUGUGUGUUGUGUGUUUGCCUUUGUUUAUGUUUUUUUCCCCAUUUUUUGUUUGUUGUAAUAUCAUCAGCUGGGUUUGUUCGCAGUGGUUGUCACAUUGAAGUGUCGGAUGCUUUAUUGUCUUUUGGGAAAAAAAAUGGUUUUUUCUUU